CUCCUCCAUAUCAACCAACAACAAGAACAACAACGACACACAUUAAAUUGCUCAACAUGCUCAUCAAAGAGUUCCACGCAGAUGUGAUCACAACCGUCAAUGGGGUCGACAGCCCCAUGAGGAUCUUUGUCUACCACCCAACCAUCCCUCAGUAUCCAAGCGCCCGUUUCCCAGGCGUACUUCUCUUCUCAGAGAUCUACCAGGUCACUGGCCCUGUUGCCCGUUUCGCCCGCCAGAUCGCAGGUCAGGGCUACAUUGUCGCCGCCCCCAGCUCCUACCAUGACUUUACAGGUCCCGAGGCUCUGGCCUACGACGUGCCAGGGACAGACCAGGGCAACGAGUGGAAAGUGAAGAAGACUCUUGAAUCCUACGACCAAGACUCGUACAAGACUGUUGAUUACCUCUUGAGCCUGCCCACCUGUACAGGGCGCAUCGGGGCGACGGGCAUGUGUUUGGGUGGGCAUCUUGCCCUCAGAGCCGCUCUCGACCCUCGUAUAGCAGCCACCGUCUGCUACUUUGCCACAGACGUCCACUCGCGCACCCUAGGCCCUCACACCAGCGCCAACUCCGAUCCCACCCCACCUACCCCGGACAGCGUCCACACCCUCGACCUCCUCCCCAAGCUCCGCGGCGAGGUCAGCAUGAUCUUUGGCAUCCGCGAUACCCACGUGCCCGACUCAGGCAGGGACCUCAUCCGCGCCAAGAUGCGCGACGCCGGCGUCGUCUUCAGCUGGCACGAGUUCGCCUGGGCCCAGCACGCUUUCAUCCGUGACGAGCUGAGCAAGGGCCGCUAUGACCCGGCCAUCACCAAGGCGUGCUUCGAGGUCCUGCUUGAGCUGUUUGGGCGCGUGUUGAGGGUUGAUCUGGGCGAGAGGGACGGGGCGCCGCAGACCCUGGAGCAUGUCUGUUGAGAGACGGGUGAAGGGUAAUGGUGGGCUUGACUACUACCAUCGCUCACUCCAUUCAGAGCUAUCACUACCUACCUCAUUCCGUUACCAAUUAUAUGGAAAGCAAAAUAUUGAAAUUGAAAAUUUUGUUGUAUCAGUUAAAAAAAAAAAAAAAGA